GGCGGCUUCGAAAGCCGCUCUGAGCGCACAUUCUUAGGCGACCCUCUCCCAGCUUUCUCUGCGGUCUUAAAGACGCUUCUCUCUGACGCUGCUCUGGGGAUACGGUCGGGCACGGUUCCCCACUUUACAUCUGGGUCGAGUUGGAGGUGAACCCCUUGAGUCUGAUACUGCCGGGCCAAUCCUCCGGCCCGAGCCCACGGACUGUCGUCAUGACGUGUGGCUUUCAGAAGUUGUUUUCUGUGGAAGAGGACUUUGAAGAUGAGGAUUUCUUAUCUGCUUUGGAGAGUGCAGAGAACCACGUUGUUAGUGCACUGCCCGGGGAUGCCAGGGGCCUGAGGCCUGUCUCUUCCAGACCACAGGAGACCCUGCAGGCACAAUCCUCAAGACCAUUGCAGUCAUACCCUGCCGCCAACCAGUCAGUCCCAGGACUCUGUCUCCCUACUUCCAGCAUGCUGGAGACUGCCAAGGAUCCACCCUGCACAGGAGCAGUGUCCCUGAGAUCUGUCUCAAUUUCUAGCAGCAGCUCGGGUAGUCAGCAAAGAAUGACAGGAACAAAAGUGUUCCAGGAGUCAUCAGGACCCCAGUCCUCAGCCACACACUCUGGAUUUAUCUUUGAGAGCUAUCAACAGGGCAUUGGUGACUUUGAAGCACCUGAUCAAGAUGAGUUUGACAAGGCCCUGGCGAGCAUGGAGCUCGAGGGAGCUGGCUUGGAGCUAGAAGUUAACAGUGGGGCCCCCCAGAUCCUGCCUGCCAAGCACUGGGAGGAUCCCGUAUUGGCGAAAAAAGCCCGAGUGGCUGAGCCUAGUGGAUUUUUCCAGAAGGGGCCCAUUGUCCCAAAUUGUAGAACUCCAUGGCCUUCCUUAAGACCUACUACAGCCACAGGCAACCUUCCUGUCUUGGCUACUUCAGGCGUUUCUACUUCCCAUCAAAGGAGCUCCCCUGUUCCUGCACCUCAGUAUCUGCCAGUAGCUGGAAGGACCGUCCAAAACAGACCACAGAGUUAUGUGCCUGGUCAGCCACUUCAGUCUCCCAGAUCAUGGUCAAGUGGCAAACCCCGUUUUUCUGGACCUCAACGUCCCCACUGCAGCUCUGCAGCAUUUUGUCAGGGGCCCUUGCCAUCCCGAGCCCCAGUGUCUUCUGUUGAAUCUCCUGUCAGCACCCCCAGAAGUACUUCCACCCCAGUUACUCAGCCAGCUCUUCAGACACCUAUAGUCACCAACCACCUGGUACAGCUUGUCACUGCUACCAACCGGACACCCCAGCAGCCAUUCCGCCCCUCCAUUCGAGCUAAAACGCGCCGUUUCCCUGGUCCAGCAGGAGUUCUGCCUCACCAACACAGCGGGGAGAAUCUGGAGGAGAUCAUGGUUUCCACACCCCAGACUCCGACCCACGGUGCUCAGGCUAAAUUCCAGACUGAGAUUGUUACCAGUUCUCAGGGAUCUACGGAAGAAGAUUUUGGGCGAGGGCCCUGGCUCACCAUGAAAUCUGCUCUGGGCCUGGAUGAUCGUGACCCUACCUGCUUUCUCCAUACCUACAGUAUUGUCAUGGUGCUGCGUAAGGCAGCCCUCAAGCAGCUCCCCAGGCACAAGGUCCCCAACAUGGCAGUGAUGAUCAAGUCCCUGACUCGGAGCACGAUGGAUGCCAGUGUGGUUUUUAAGGACCCCACAGGAGAGAUGCUUGGAACAGUGCACAGAGUGCUUCUGGAGACACACCAGAAUGAGCUGAAGCCUGGCUCCGUGCUGUUGCUGAAGCAGAUUGGAGUGUUUUCUCCUUCCCUCAGAAACCACUACCUGAACGUGACACCCAACAACCUGGUCCACAUUUACAGUCUAGAUUCUGGGGAUGGGGACUCCCUCAAGCCACCUCAGCCUUUGCCCAAGGAUCCGGGAAACUCCCAUGGAAGCCUCCAGCCUGAUGAGGCUGCAGAGCCCACACGGGGCCUCGGAACAGCACAGAGCCCAACUGGGUCUCCCGAGGAAGAGCUCUCGGAGACAGAUGACCUGGACGGACUCCUGAGUGAGCUCCCUGAAGACUUCUUCUGCGAGCCCAGCAGCUGGGGCUGUCUCAAGACAGGGCAUCCACCAUGAGCUGGCAGCCUCUCUGCCCCCAGACAAGCUCUAGGUGCAUCUGGUCACGUCCAAGGGGGAGAAAGCCAGUGCAGCUGGAGACGACUCAAGCCCAUGGUCUGAUGCCUCCCCAUGACCACCUUGGAAUGCCCAGUGAUGGACCAGACAGCGUGCUGCGUUGUUUGACAACUCUCUUUGGCAUGGGCAUUCUGGAAGUCUGAGCAAGUGCUCCCCAGCACUCUUGUCCUUGGAGCCCUCUGGCCAAUAAGAAAAGCAGGAUAUCCCCCCCCCCCCCAUCUUGGGCCCCGAUUGAUUUCCUUGUCCCUUUGUUCCUCAAUCCCCUGGCAGCUGAGGAGCCCAAAGGAGCCACAACCACACAGAGGUGUCCACAGGGUGACAGUGAGCUGCCUGAAAUAAAGCAUCCCUCCCUCA